ACGUGGCUGUAGGCCCCGCCCCUCCUCCCUCCCCUCAGGCGUGCCUGUUCCCAUGGCUACGCAGCGCCAGGCCCGGUCAACCUGGCCACUAAGCUGAAGGCGGAGGCAGUGGCAGUGAAGACAUGAGCGGGGUGGGGGUGGCGGCUGGGGCGCGGCCCCUCAGCUCGACUACCCCGGGCUCCCGGGCCACAUCGCGCCCACGCCAGCGACCGCUCGCAGGCCUCCAGUACCAGGUACCUCAUCCCACACAGCUCGGGCUCAGCGAGGCACAGAAGCGGGUCCUGGACCUGGAGAAGAGCCUGCAGUUCCUGCAGCAGCAGCAUUCGGAGACGCUGGUCAAGCUUCAUGAGGAGAUCGAGCACUUGAAGCGGGAGAAUAAGGAUCUCCACUACAAGCUAAUAAUGAAUCAGAAGCCACAGAAGAAAGGCAGCAUGUCCACAUCAAGCUUUCAGUCCAACAAGUCCGUCUCMAAUUCAACAGUCAAGGCAAGGCCCCAGCCCAGCUCCAAGAGGCAAGAGUCGAAAGCUGAUGCCCCCCAGAAGAUGGACCUGGAAGAGGAGCCAUUCAGUGCUUCCCUGUUUCACAGCAGCAAGCUGGACAGAGUCCCUGGGGUGCAGGGGCAGGCCAAAGACGAGGAUGCGGAGAACUCUAAUUCAGGGGCCACCUUUGUGGGGGUCACCCAGCACAAGGGCAGGCAGGUGACAGGAGCAGCUCCCUUGAUGAGCCUGCCUCCACACCUGCGCAAGCCCACUACAGUACAGCAGUGCGAGGUAGUCAUCCGGCAGCUGUGGAAUGCCAACCUUCUACAGGCACAAGAGCUGCAGCAUCUCAAGUCCCUUCUGGAAGGGAACCAAAGGCCAAAAGCUGCCCCUGAGGAGGCUUCCUUCCCCAGGGACCAGGAGGCCACUCAGUUCCCCAAGGUCUCGACCAAGGGCCUCUCAAAGAAAUGCUUGAUUCUGAGCCCAAUGCCUGCGGCAGAGCGUGGUAUCCUGCCCGCGCUUAAACAGAGCCUUAAGAGUAAUUUUGCGGAGCGGCAGAAAAGGCUGCAGGUGGUGCAAAGCCGGCGCCUGCACCGCUCAGUUCUCUGAGCCCAGUGCCCACAGCUGGAGGCUAGCUCUCUCUGCAGCAGUUCAUAUGCUUUCUACUACUUUUAAGCCACGAUGAAUUCCAAGACUGGGGAAACCCAUGACAGAUAAAGUACUUGAUCUCAGAAUUGAGAAACUGUUUAUUUUCUAGCUAUUAUUUUGCUA